CACCUCGUUUUCCAAUUGGCAUAUACGCUUCAACUUUGCAAUCUUUCCUAGGAACAACAUGUACGCCUUAAGCUUGGUCACUUUCCUUUAUGGAUUUCUUCUCUCUCCGCAUUUCGCCUUUGCACGCAGCCUCAACAGGCCCAGAACCGCUUGCGAUGCCCCCGCUCGUAUCGAAUUGGCGAAAAGGGCCGUGGCUGCUAUCGUAGAGCCUACCCUCCAACAGUCCGUUGCGACCUACACGGCUUAUCCUUUCAGUGAUGAUGCCAGCAUCACCGUCAACCCGAACCACAUCGGUGGGAUACAGGUCUCACAUGACCGACAAUCCACGAUUAGUUUCCUGGCGAUUCUCUAUGAGCUCUUGACGUCGGUGGAGGCCCAUGCCUUCGUGAACACUGACGACACCCAUAACUUCUUUAACGUCACGGUGGUCCUUGGUGCACUUCACGCUAUACCUACUCCGGUAGAAGCUUUCUUCGACGCAUAUCUCACGUAUACGUUGGAGCCUUGCAAGCUACAGGCCGUGUAUGCUGAUGCUACUGUUCCGAAGGCUCUCUUGCCAGUUUUAGUUGAUAUCCUCACGCCUUAAAGAAGACUGUAGAAGCAUGUCGGGCGAGUUGAAGAUGUCGUCGAAUAGAGCGUUACUGUCAAACUGUGAAACGACCUCAUGUCGGGGAAAUGGAGACAGUGGGGGAAAUGGAGGAAAUGAAAGGAAUGGGUGAAUGAUUUCCUAUUUUAGUACAUCCCAGGAGCACCGUAUACUAGUAAAUGCUGAUCUCGGAACGAGGCUUGAUUU